AGUCUUUGGCGUCGCCUUGUAGGACGCCGGGCCCUGAGGGAGCAGCUAGGGGCGGGUUCUGAGGCUGGGCGGGCGCUCGGGGUUGGAGCUGGCGGCCUGAACGAACCAGCGGGUCCCAACUCCUGCGGAAGCGACAAGGGUGGGAGAGCCGCCGUCUGGGCGCGCGGGGGGAGGGCCCUCCCGCCGCCGUGGCUUCGGCGGAGGCCAGGCGUGAGGAGCUGCCAUCGUCGCUGCCUCACGGGCCGCGCUGAAGAGACUGGCCGGAUACUGCCGCGGGCGGAUGGAGGCGCCUGCACGCCCCACCUGAGCUCAGGAGGGGCCAGUGCCGAGCGCGGGGCCCGCCUCCUGUCUCAGGAGCGCCCGCGCGAGCCAGCGGAGGAGGAGAGCGGGUGCCGGGCUUCUUCCCGCAGGAAUCCCCAGCAUGGUUGACUAUAUUGUGGAGUAUGAUUAUGAUGCUGUGCAUGAUGAUGAAUUAACUAUUCGAGUUGGGGAAAUCAUCAGAAAUGUGAAAAAACUACAGGAGGAAGGAUGGCUAGAAGGAGAACUAAAUGGGAGAAGAGGAAUGUUUCCUGAUAAUUUUGUUAAGGAAAUUAAACGAGACACAGAUUCCAAGGAUGACAAUUUGCCCAUCAAACGGGAAAGGCAUGGAAAUGUAGCAAGUCUUGUGCAACGAAUAAGUACCUAUGGACUUCCAGCUGGAGGAAUUCAGCCACAUCCACAAACCAAAAAUAUCAAGAAGAAGACCAAGAAAAGGCAGUGUAAAGUUCUUUUUGAGUACAUUCCACAAAAUGAGGAUGAACUGGAGCUGAAAGUGGGAGAUAUUAUUGAUAUUAAUGAAGAGGUAGAAGAAGGUUGGUGGAGUGGAACCCUGAACAAUAAGUUGGGACUGUUUCCCUCAAACUUUGUGAAAGAACUUGAAGUGACAGAUGAUGGUGAAACUCAUGAAACUCAAGAGGAUUCAGAAACUGUUUUGCCUGGGCCUACCUCACCCUUACCCUCUCCAGGGAAUGGGAAUGAAACUGCAUCUGGAUCAAUUGCUCAGCCAAAGAAAAUUCGAGGAAUUGGAUUUGGAGAUAUUUUUAAAGAAGGCUCCGUGAAACUUAGGACAAGAAUAUCCAGUAGUGAAACAGAAGAGAAAAAAACAGAAAAGCCCUUAACCAUACAGUCAAUAGGAUCCAAAACGAGUGUGGAGAUAACAAAACCAGAAACUGAAGGUAAAAUUAAAGCUAAAGAAUACUGUAGAACAUUAUUUGCCUAUGAAGGUACCAAUGAAGACGAACUUUCUUUUAAAGAAGGGGAAAUAAUCCAUUUGAUAAGUAAGGAGACUGGAGAAGCUGGGUGGUGGAAGGGUGAACUUAAUGGUAAAGAAGGAGUAUUCCCAGACAAUUUUGCUGUUCAGAUAAGUGAACUGGAUAAGGACUUUCCAAAUAAAGUAAGGCUGAGCCAUGCAUCAAUGACUAAGAAACCAAAGAAACCACCACCUCCUGCUAAGGGUCCAGCUCCAAAGCCUGAUCUCUUAGCUACAGAGAAGAAGUUUUUUCCUGUGAAGCCCGAAGAAAAAGAUGAAAAAACACUGGAACAGAAACCUUCUAAACCAGCUGCUCCACAGGUCCCACCCAAGAAGCCUACUCCACCCACCAAAGCCAAUAAUUUAUUAAGAUCUCCUGGAACAGUUUACCCAAAGCGACCUGAAAAACCAGUUCCCCCACCACCUCCUAUAGCCAAGAUCAAUGGAGAAGUUUCUACCGUUUCAUCAAAAUUUGAAACCGAGCCAGUAUCCAAACCAAAGCCCGAAUCUGAACAGUUGCCACCUAGACCAAAAUCAGUGGACCUUGAUUCAUUUAUAGCAAGAAGUUCUAAAGAAACAGAAAGAAUUUAUGGUGGGAUUUUUAUAAUAAGGUUCUUAUUGAGUAGAGGAUGCUAUCAAAAAUUUUGUUUCCUAGCCUGUUUGCCAUGUUUCCCUUCUUACGUGUCAGGAAAUUAUCCUACCCUUCUCCAUUUUGAUGUUGUAAAUUUUGAUGACAUAGCUUCCUCAGAAAACUUGUUACAUCUCACUGCAAAUAGACCGAAGAUGCCUGGAAGAAGACUGCCUGGUCGCUUCAAUGGUGGACAUUCUCCAACUCAAAGCCCAGAAAAAACUUUGAAGUUAUCAAAAGAAGAAGAUAGUGCCAAUCUAAAGCCAUCUGAAUUUAAAAAGGAUACAUGCUACGUUCCAAAGCCAUCUGUCUACCUUUCAACACCUUCAAAUACUUCUAAAGCAAAUACAUCUGCUUUCCUAACUCCAUUAGAAAUAAAAUCUAAAGUAGAAACAGAUGAUGGCAAAAAAAAUUCCUUAGAUGAACUUCGCGCCCAGAUUAUUGAAUUGCUGUGUAGUGUAGAAGCACUGAAAAAGGAUCAUGGGAAAGAACUGGAAAAACUGAGAAAAGAUUUGGAAGAAGAGAAGGCCUUGAGAAGUAAUCUAGAGAUGGAAAUAGAGAAACUGAAAAAAGCUGUCCUGUCUUCUUGAAGUGUUCCAGGGACUCAGAUACAACAAUAUGAACUUCCAUCGACUUGUUACUUAAAAAUUUCAAACGCUGAUGUUGUGAUAAUGAAAUAUGAGUAUAUGAACUAUAUUAUCUAUUAAAAAGUAAGGGGGUGGGUGUUUUUUUAAUAUAUAUAUAUAUAUUUAGUUUUGCCAAUAUGAAAAAAAAGAGGCCUUAUUUCUUACUGUGCUGGGAUUGCAAACAUUAUUUUUGUUUGUUUGCUUGAAAAUACUACUGAAUCUGUAUAAAAAGGAAAGAAAGUUCAUAAUUUUUUAUUGAAACUUGUAGUAUUAUUUUUAAAGAGAUCUAUACUAUAAAUAUGGUGAUAUCUUUACAAGUAAUCUGUAAGAUAAACUAUUUGAGAGCGACAAAUUAGCUUUAUAGUAACUAUAGUCACUACUUUUCCCAUGAUACAUUAAGGGAUAUAAACUUUGUAAAUAUAUACAUAUUUUUACUUUUAGCUUCUUACCCAAGAUUACACUGUUUUGCCUGUUUGUCUGCAGUGCUGUUUUUAAUUUGGGUGAUGAAAUAGGAGUUUCCUAGCUAUAAAUCAGAUUACUCACCCAUGCAUACAGUAAUAACUAAUGAAAUAAUAAAAACAGUUUCAACUUUGAGUGUUUUAUAUUGCUUGCACUAUAGGAUUCAUAAAAGGAAUUUAGUUAAAAUGUAAUGGAUUAUUAAACAUGAGCUUUAUUAUAAGUUCAUUAAUUCUAAGGAAUCUAAAAACAUCAAUUUAAUCCUUUACUUGUGCCUAGAAACUACAGCACAUAUGAAAUAGUAAACACCAGCCUUAUUGCUAUACUUUCCUGCUUGUUUUGCAGUCUCAAAUAUUUCAUUAUCUUUAGUUCUUCAUACUCUUCCCUCUGACUUUAAAUAAUGUAAUAUUAGGAAAACAAAAUCCAAAUCUUUUCAGAACCUCAUAUAAGGCUUCAUACUGGGACAAGUUGUCAUUAUGUAAAUACUCAGGUUUUACAGUGUAUAAUUUCCAUAAUAGGCCAAACUAACUCCUGGAGAUAUUUUGGAAUGUUAUUUAGGUUAAAAGUUUAGAAAGGGUGUUAGUAUAUCAUAAAAUAUAACAUUACAGCUUAUUUAAACCAAAUAUAGUUGAUCAUAUUGAAAACCACAUUUUCACAGAGUGGGUGAAUCAGCAAUUUCUUCAGAGUCAUUUAUGAACAGUUGAACAUUUCAGAAUGUUAUAUUCUAUACGUAAUUUGUCUAAAAACUUAUAGGUUUAUUUAAAAUUUUGAAAUUUUUCAUUUGAAAAAAAAAAGGCUUCCAGCUGUACUAUAGGAAAUGAUUUUGAGUACCAAGUUAUCAUGCUUCCUUUUUUUUGUUUUUGUUUUAAACCACCCAAUGUUUUUUCUUUACAUUUUUUAAAUCUCAAAAGUAUGGAAAUCUUGUGUAAAUGAAAUUCUUACUGUUUAAAAAAGAUAUAAAAAGAACUGAAGUAGAAAAUAAUAGAAAUGCCAAUACACAAUUAUUUUAUAUUUAAGUCACAAUGUUUGGGCUUUGGGGGAAAGCUAAUUUUGCUUUUUGAGUGUGUACAUUUUAACUAUUUAAUGUCUUUGGGCUCUUCUAAUGAGAUCACUACUGAACAAAAUUGUUCCUUUUUGUUUUUAAAAUGAUUAGUCAAAUGAAUGAUUGCCUUGUUAAAUAAAUUAUAUUAUCAAUUAAUGACAGUCCUUAGGUAAAAAUAAAAAUACUGCAUCCUAGAUACCAUAUCUUCCAGCUUUCUCAUUGGAAGAUGUACUAAGUUAUCCCUACCUACCAUAACAAUGGGGUGAGAGAAGGUUCCAGCAGAUUUCAGGUUAUUCAUGAAGGUUUUUGGUCAUUUUUCUGUAAUAUAUUUGACUUUCCUACUUCUCAGAUUAUAAAACUUAUUGAAGUUCUCUCUGCUUUUCUACCCUUGACAAAAUGUAAGGAAAACCAAGCAGGCUUGAAAUUAAGGGGGAAACGACUCCUUUAUCAUAGUUUACCAGUAUUUGCUCUUGAUAUGAAGACUUUCCUAAAUUUCAUGUCACAAAAUGGUAUGUAAUAGUAAUAGCUUUUAUUGGAGGUGAAACAUUAGUUCCCACACUCCACUCCCUAUUUGUGAGUAUAAAUGACAGAAAAGAUGAGUCUGUUGUUGCCAAAUUAUUAGUGAAUAUAUAGUUCAGGUUUGCUAUGCUUUGAAAUACAUAAUACUAAUUUUCUAAUUGUAUUCAAUGUUACUUUUUUGUGUUGUGACCACUAAGCUUCUGUCUUAUAAAGCUGUUACCUCUACAGAAUUUUAUAGAACUUUACUGAAGAGUCUAAAAAUGCAGAGAGAGAAUGGGUCUUGUGGAACAGAGGAUCCUUUUUUUUUUCUUUUUAAAAUUAGCUCCUUACUGUGAUUACAGGGAGAAAAAAAUUCAAGUGCUCUGUAAGUUUUUUGGUAAAUUUUUUAUGCUUGCAUUUAAACUUGAAAUGUAUGAGCAGAAUGAGACAAUCAGUUAAAAUCCAAAACGAGAAGUGUUAUAAUUGAAUGGCCUUGUUUUGCUGUAGCAAUAAAAUGACCAAGUGCAAUGACUUAAUAAAAUCAUCUUUUUAAAGUUGCUGCUAUGAAUAUUUUUAGCUAUAAAAUUUUAUCCUUGUUUUAGCCUGGCUUGCCUUUAAUAACUAUUAUAUAAUGUGGUUGCUGUUGUAAUCUAACAUUCCAACACACACACACACACACAAGCAUACACGAGGAAUCUCAGAAUAGUAUAUUUACUGACUUGUAAAAGUGUUGUAAAAAAAAAAGGAUGCUUUUUCCUCAAAAUAAAACUCAAUAAUAAAAGAAUCGUAUCGCUA